GACAGAGACUGGUCGGAGGCAACAUCAAUGUUUACCGUGUAAAAAAUCUGGAUUGGAAACAUAUUUCUCGAAGCUUUGAUUGUUUGACAAAUAUUCGUAUCUUUGGAUCUAUGCUUAGCUCACCUUCGAUGGAAAUAUGUCUUUACCGAAUAGAAGGAGAUAUUUUGUGACGUAUUUAGUGCUUGUGCUGCUGGAGUGUUACUGGGAAGCGGUGUCCGGGCAGCUCUCCUACUCCGUCUCAGAGGAGGUAAACCCGGGGACUUCCGUGGGAAAUAUCGGCAAUGAUCUAAACCUCAAUGUCCAGGAUUUGGAGUCGCGUAUGUUUCAGAUUAUCACCGGGUCCAAGAGAAAGUAUUUCGCGGUAAAUCUAAAGACUGGUGUUCUCUAUGUGAAUGAGAGAAUAGACAGGGAGGAGCUCUGUGCAAAUGCUCCUAAAUGUACAGUCAGUGUAGAGGCCGUUAUCAACAAUCCGUUGAAACUCUACCGUGUAGAAAUUCAUAUUUUAGAUGUUAAUGACAAUGCUCCAUCUUUCCGAACGAAAUCACAAACUAUAGACAUUGCUGAAAACACUUUUCCAGGGGUACGAUUUCCGUUGUUAGACGCAUCUGAUGUAGAUGUUGGAAAGAAUGCCCUCAAUACAUACAAACUGGGCCCUAGCCAGCAUUUUUCCUUAGCGGUGCACAAAGGGGGUGAGAGUGUGUCUGCUGAGUUAGUAUUGCAGAAAGCUUUAGACCGAGAGAAACAGCCUGUGAUCCAGCUCACACUGACCGCUUUAGAUGGGGGAAAUCCAGCAAGGUCAGGUACAUUGGAAGUAAUAAUUCAUGUUCGGGAUAUAAAUGAUAACGCUCCAGUUUUCACCACGUCUUUGUACAAGACACGUAUGAUUGAAAAUGCACCAAUAGGAACAACUGUCAUAACUUUAAAUGCGACAGACUUUGAUGAGGGUACGAAUAGUCACCUUGUUUAUUCUAUCAGCAAAAAUGAGAAGGAUCAUAUCCUCCAGAUGUUCGAUAUUGAGCCAAAAACGGGGAUAAUUACAGUUAAAGGUAAAAUUGACUAUGAAGAACAUACUGCAUUUGAGAUCCGUGCCCAGGCGAGUGACAGAGGGCAGCCCCCGAUGGCAUCUCAUUGUAAAAUAUUAGUAGAAGUGGUGGACCUCAACGACAAUGCCCCUGAGAUCACUGUGACGUCACUCUUAGACACAGUGAAAGAGGACGCUAAGGUUGGCACUGCAAUUGCUCUCGUGUCAGUCCUCGAUAAAGAUGGUGGCAAAAAUGGGUUGGUACAUUGCGAGGUUAAGAAUAAAGUCCCCUUUAAAUUAGAGAUGAACUAUAACAAUUAUUACUCUUUAGUGGUCGAUGGGCAUCUUGACAGAGAGACGGCUUCUCAGUACAAUGUCAACAUCAUAGCUACGGAUGAUGGGACCCCGCCUCUCUUCAGCACCAGCGUUAUUACUGUACAUGUUUCUGAUGUGAAUGACAACGCUCCUCGCUUCUCAGAACCAGUGAUUAAUGUUUAUGUUAAAGAGAACAGUCCGAUAGGAGAUGUAAUUAAAACCGUGUCUGCAGUUGAUGCUGACGUCAAUGAAAAUAGUCAUGUGACCUACUCAUUCUUAGAGAGUAAAAACAACUCAGUACCGCUGUCUACAAUGGUCAAUAUAAACUCAGUCACUGGAGAUAUAGUCAGCCUGCAGUCUUUUAACUAUGAGGAGAUAAAAACCUUCCAGUUUAAAGUUCAGGCUACAGACUCUGGUGUUCCUCCUCUCAGCAGCAACGUGACUGUGAACGUUUUUAUUCUGGAUGAGAAUGACAACAGUCCUGGGAUUCUCGCGCCCUAUUCUGAUCACGGCUCCGUUAACUCUGAGAACAUUCCCUAUUCUGCUGAAGCGGGCUACUUUGUGGCCAAGAUCAGGGCUGUGGACUCCGACUCUGGUUACAAUGCGCUGCUUUCUUAUCACAUCUCUGAGCCCAAGGGAACCAACCUCUUCCGAAUCGGAACCAGCACCGGGGAACUAAGGACUAAGAGGAGAAUGAGUGACAAUGACUUGAAAACACACCCGUUGGUCGUGUUGAUUUCUGAUAACGGAGAACCCUCACUGUCAGCGACUGUGUCUAUUGAUGUAGUGGUGGUUGAAAGUACAGGUGAAAUCCAGACUCAAUACAGAAACGUACCAAGAAAGGAGGAGAGCUUCUCUGAUUUAAACUUGUAUUUGCUGAUCGCCAUUGCCUCAGUGUCAGUGAUAUUUUUAUUGAGCCUGAUCAGUUUAAUAGCUGUAAAAUGCUUCAGGACAGACGACAGUUUCAAAAGGUACAGCGCCCCAAUGAUCACCACACACCCUGACGGGAGCUGGUCUUACUCUAAAUCUACUCAGCAGUAUGACGUGUGUUUCAGCUCAGACACAAUGAAGAGUGACGUUGUAGUUUUUCCCGCACCGUAUCCACCUGCAGAUGCAGAACUGAUCAGUAUUAAUGGAAAUGACACGUUUGACAGGACUCAGACAUUACCCAACAAAGAGAAGGUAAGAAAUAAAUGUUUUAUUUUACACAGAAAUCAGAUUCCAUCCAUCCCUUUGCCAAAAAUGUCGGUGUCCGGGCAGCUCUCCUACUCGGUCUCAGAGGAGGUAAACCCAGGGACUUCCGUUGGAAAUAUCGCUAAGGAUCUAAACCUCAAUGUCCAGGAUUUGGAGUCGCGUAUGUUUCAGAUUAUCACCGGGUCCAAGAGAAAGUAUUUCGAGGUAAAUCUUAAGACUGGUGUUCUCUAUGUGAAUGAAAGAAUAGACAGAGAGGAGCUCUGUGCAGAGGAUCUGAAAUGUACAGUCAUCGUAGAGGCCGUUAUCAAUAAUCCGUUGAAGCUUUACCGUUUAGAGCUGAAUAUUGUAGAUGUUAAUGAUAACGCUCCGUCGUUUAGUGCGAAAUCCCAAACUAUAAACGUAGCUGAGAACACUUUACCUGGAGUUAAAUUCACUUUAUCAGAGGCGUCUGAUUUGGAUGUUGGUAAGAAUUCUGUUAGCACAUACAAGCUUAGUCCUAAUGAAUACUUCUCUCUUGACAUACACAAUGGAGGAGAAAGUGUGUCCGCUGAGUUGGUGCUCCAGAAAGCUUUAGACCGAGAGAAACAGCCUGUGAUACAACUCACACUGACCGCUGUCGAUGGAGGAAAUCCACAGAGGUCUGGAACAACGGUAUUCACUGUGAACGCGACUGAUGCUGAUGAAGGUACAAAUAGUGAGAUUGUCUACUCUCUUAGGAAUAAAGAUCAAGACCGUAUUCUAGAUAUAUUCGAUAUCGACCCCAACUCUGGCGUUAUAACAGUAAAAAGCAAUAUUGACUUUGAGGAAAGAAAGGCGUUCGAGAUCCGGGUAGAGGCAAGCGACAGAGGCCAGCCCCCGAUGGCAGCACACUGUAAAGUAUUGGUAGAAGUGGUGGACCUCAACGACAAUGCCCCUGAGAUCACUGUGACGUCACUCUUAGACAGAGUGAAGGAGAACGCUAAGGUUGGCACUGCCAUUUCUCUCGUGUCAGUCCUAGAUAAAGAUGGUGGCAAAAACGGAGUUUUACAUUGUGAAGUUGAGAAUAAAGUCCCCUUUAAAUUGGAGACAAACUAUAAAAACUAUUAUUCGUUAGUUGUAGAUGGGCCUCUUGAUAGAGAGACCGCUUCUCAUUAUAAUGUCACCAUCACAGCUAAGGAUGAAGGGACCCCGCCUCUCUCCAGCACCAGCGUUAUUACGGUGGAGGUUUCUGAUGAGAAUGACAACGCUCCUCACUUCUCAGAAAACGUGAUUAAUGUUUAUGUGAAAGAAAACAGUCCGAUAGGAGAUGUAAUUAAAACAGUCUCUGCAGUUGAUGCUGACGUCAGUGAAAAUAGUCAGGUGACCUACUCAUUAGAGAUUAACAGCAACUCACUACCGCUGUCUACAAUGGUCAAUAUAAAUUCAGAUACAGGAGAUAUAGUUAGCCUGCAGUCGUUUAACUAUGAGGAGAUAAAAACCUUCCAGUUUAAAGUUCAGGCCACAGACUCUGGUGUUCCUCCUCUCAGCAGCAACGUGACUGUGAACGUUUUUAUUUUGGAUGAGAAUGACAACAGUCCUGGGAUUCUCGCGCCCUAUUCUGAUCACGGCUCCGUUAACAGUGAGAACAUUCCCUAUUCUGCUGAAGCGGGCUACUUUGUGGCCAAGAUCAGGGCUGUAGACUCCGACUCUGGCUACAAUGCGCUGCUUUCUUAUCACAUCUCUGAGCCCAAGGGAACCAACCUCUUCCGAAUCGGAACCAGCACCGGGGAACUAAGGACUAAGAGGCGAAUGAGUGACAAUGACCUGAAAGCUCACCCGUUGGUGGUGUUGGUUUCUGAUAAUGGAGAACCCGCACUGUCAGCGACUGUGUCUAUUGAUGUAGUGGUGGUUGAAAGUACAGGUGAAAUCCAGACUCAAUACAGAAACGUACCAAGAAAGGACGAGAGCUUCUCUGAUUUAAAUUUAUAUUUGCUCAUCGCCACUGCCUCGGUGUCAGUGAUAUUUUUACUGAGCCUCAUCAGUUUAACAGCUGUAAAAUGCUUCAGGACAGACGACAGUUUCAAAAGGUACAGCGCCCCAAUGAUCACCACACACCCUGACGGGAGCUGGUCUUACUCUAAAUCUACUCAGCAGUAUGACGUGUGUUUCAGCUCAGACACACUGAAGAGUGACGUAGUGGUUUUUCCCGCGCCAUAUCCACCUGCAGAUGAAGAACUGAUCAGUAUUAAUGGAAAUUACACGUUUAACAAGACUCAAACAUUACCCAACAAAGACAAGGUAAGCUGA